CGUGUAUGCUGCGUGCUGCCACUAGCUUUGUGAGAUGAACCAUCGACAGCUAUUCUGAAUCCGCUUCGUGUCAGCAUGCAUCGUUGAUGCAAUGGCGUCGCCGAGAUAAGUCUGCAGAUGCUAUGCUAUUGCCUUCAAGGCUGAAUGGAUGGUGGAAGGGAUGUGACAGUCACUUUGGGCUCUUGCUCCAAGGUGAUUGAUGUAGCUCUGGCAGGAUGAAAAUAUAUAAGUAGAGGCAAUCGAACACUUCAAAACUUAUCAUCAUAUCGAACAGCGACAAGCAUCAAACAAACAUUCUAUCAGACUGCAUUUCCUGGAUCAGACUCCAUCAUCAUAACCUCCUCCUCCUCCAAACAGUUCGACGAAUCCAUAUCUAUACAGAUCACAAUGUUCAGCUCAGCAGUCCUCGCUUCAGCCUUCGCCAUUUUGGCCGCUGCCACUCCGAUCAAGCGCGACACCUACUACGGCGUCGGUGUGGAAUUUCAACUCAAGUUCGCAGACGGCACACCUUACUACGAGCCGUCGCCUAUUGAGAUCAACCAGUUGACUCAAAUCAACGCCACUGGAGUCUACCAAAUCAGCCUCGACAAAACAGCCUCGAACGUCAACAUCGACCAAGUCGAAUGCCGAGCCUACAAGGAUGCCGCCGGCGUUGUGCCCGGCAGCGCGCCUUUCACCAAGGCUAGUCCAGCUCUGCUCAGCACCACCGGUGUGACCGUUGGAAGCAUCCUUUGCUAUAUCACCGAGAGCUCAUAGAGCGUUUCUAGCGAGAUCGGUUACCGAAUGAACGUCGUGUGUGGAUAAUGGUGGGUUGGCGUUAUUUCUUGCUUGUGGCGUUGGAAGAUCCAGCACAUAUCACUUGCUCAACGAGAGACGGCUAUAAUCACGAUUAUGUAAUUGAUCCUUAAUGAAGAAAGAUCUUGAUCUUCUAUUGUUUUUCACCGUUG